AUGAAUAAGCAAAUAAAACCUACUACUACUACUACUACUACUACUACUACUACUACUACUACUACUACUACUACUACUACUACUACUACUACUACUACUACUACUACUACUACUACUACUACUACUACUACUACUACUACUACUACUACUACUACUACUACUACUACUACUACUACUACUACUACUACUACUACUACUACUACUACUACUACUACUACUACUACUACUACUACUACUACUACUACUACUACUACUACUACUACUACUACUACUACUACUACUACUACUACUACUACUACUACUACUACUACUACUACUACUACUACUACUACUACUACUACUACUACUACUACUACUACUACUACUACUACUACUACUACUACUACUACUACUACUACUACUACUACUACUACUACUACUACUACUACUACUACUACUACUACUACUACUACUACUACUACUACUACUACUACUACUACUACUACUACUACUACUACUACUACUACUACUACUACUACUACUACUACUACUACUACUACUACUACUACUACUACUACUACUACUACUACUACUACUACUACUACUACUACUACUAUUAUGGAAGUCGAGUGA